UUGUUUCAGGUCAUAUCUAUUCUCGGAGAGACCCUUGCUCCGUUCGCCAGCAGCGGCUUCAUCGCCGCCUUUGGAUUCGGCGACGUGAAAACGUCAGACCAUUCCGUGUUCCCGCUGAAAACCAACGGCUAUUGCAAAGAUUUCGCUGAGGUAUGGAAUUUCUGGCAAGUGAGACUACCUGGCACUUUCUAA